CCCCCGAUUUUCAGUAGUGGCUGUCAUGUCGAAAUAAAUGAACAUGCUUUUAAAAGCUUUUAUAAAAACCAAUAAAUGGACAAUAAAUCCAAGUGUACCAUCCGAAUUAAUCAUGUGAACUCAUCAACCGAAACGAAAACAUGUCGCACAAUGUAAAUCGUUGAAAAUUUACAAAAUUUCGUAUUUUUUUAAAAAUGUAAAACUAGGCUGUUUUAAAUAAUGUGCUUAAUUAUCGAUGAUGAUGAGCAAAUAAUUUUAGUGGUUUACGUAUCGCCCGUGUUUUCCUUCACCAAUCCUAAAAAUAGCUCUAGCCAGCUUGAGAGAAUAAAUGUGUUCAAGAACGGGGAGUUUUUCAGCAUUUUCUGAAACAUAUUCGGUUGCCGGUUUAAGAGUCGGACUCAAAGUGGGUGACUUUUCAAACUUAGUGAUGGGUUUUGUGUAGUGUUAUGGACGUAGCGCAAAAUUUCAAUUCGGUUGUUUUUCAUGUUUUUAUUAUGAGAGGGGCCCAACGUACGUGAUGGCGGCGGAGCCAAAUGGCUCGCAGGAACAGAAUACCACUUCAAUUCAGCCCACUUUUUCUCCAACACUUGAUCCUGUGGCACGAAGAGAACUGGAAAAGGAGUUUUACGAAACGUACGAUGUUAUGACCGGAGUUCGGAUCGCUGCAACCUUGGGCGGUUUCUUUGGUUUGAUGGUGAUUCUUGUUUUAUACAAAUCGAAAUCAAAGACUGAAAAAGCCUUGGAAGAUCCAGAUUUUACGGCAGCGGCGGUUGCCGAAGUCGAGGAGGAGGAAAGACAGCUCGCUGCGGUGUUGGAAGCCACUGCUUAUCAACAAUUAAAUUCAAGGAAAGGACGAAGGUCGCUGGACACAAGCAGCGUACCUCCAGGCUGGAUUAAAACCACAGCGAGGUUCUCCUCUGUUGGGGGAUAUAGCAGCUUAAUGGAGCCCCCCACAAGAACUCAUUCCCGACUGCCAUGCUUUAUUGAUGAAGAUUCUCCUCCAGAGGAGGACCAGUCGCUUUAUGACGACGUUUGCUACAAUGGAAAACUGGACGUCCCCCGAAGGCCCAGCAACAUAACGUGCUCGUCUUCAGGCAGCUCUUACUUGGAGCGCCGUGAUUCCGCGGUGGCGAUAGGGCUUCCGGUGUUGCCGGGACACAAGUCGAAGAAUCGUCGCCGUCAGUCAUCGCCUCUUCUCGAAAUUUACGACUUUUAUUAUCCCAUUGACAUCAAAGUAAUCCAACCAACGCCCGGGGGAUCCCCGUGUGGCAGUGACCGGGCUCUGUACGAUCAUGUCACAGAUCCGCCAAACUUGAUACCACGUCUCGCACCACUGGCGUCUAUAAGUAGUUGUAAUAGUUCGUUUGGUGCUGAUUACACAGACUUGGAUGUCGCGUCUUACACAAGUGACUCCGUUUUUCAAGAAGAAAGGGAUAAUACUGACGAUGAAGUUGAUGAGUUUUCGACUGACAGCGACUUAACCGACGCGGGCGCUUGUUAUAAUCGCAGGAAAAAGAAAAAUAGUAUUUGUGAUUCGUUGGUACCCACGCCUGUUAACGAAGGACCUUCUUGCGUUUCGCCAAAAAUUAGCAUUAAGUCUUCGUCUAAGUCUUCUGUGACGGUGAUCGAAACUGUUGAUCAGCCCGAAAUGCCAGCGACUGAAAGUAUUAGGAAAUCAUCGACUUCGUCUUCUCUCAACUGUGAGGAACCAGGAGCACAAGAGACUCUUUUUUAGAUUUUGGUUUUUUGUAUAUGACUAAAAACAGUCAAGGACUAAAUACCAAUAAUAAGUGCUAGGGUACUAGGUUACACUCAAUGUUGUCAUUUAAGAAAUUGUGUAACAGAACUUUCUUUCCAGUCCUACCAAACUAGACUGAACUGUCUCCAGCAAGAUUUUUUAGAAGAAAAAUAUUGGCAAUUUUUUCGUGACUAUUUUUACAGAGUAUGAAACUAGAAUUAUGCGUUUUAUGUUAUACAUUAGAAACGUAAAUAAAUAGUAUCAACAAACUGUUAGAAAUGUCUUCACAACGUGUAUUUACCAUAUUUUUACGUUUUACUACAAUCCUUUAAUUUGUAAAGAUAAAUGUGAUUAAAUAAAAAGUUGUGGUUUGAAAAGUUCUUCACAAAUUGCCUCCAAACCUUUAACCAUUUAACCACCAUGAUAUAUUUACCAGAACGCGAGCAAUUUCAGAAUGUACAAUAAGUUGCCAAAACAAUGCAAACGUUUUCUCUAUUCAAAAUAAUUGUGGCUUGUGAUGAAACAGGGUGAGUGUUAAAUGUAUGUUUUUAUCCGCACAGUCGUUUUUUAGUAAAAAACAACGAAUUUAUUUCUACCCCGUUGCAACAAUUAUUUAAUUUUUUCCCACCUGUUCCGAAUUUAUACUCAGAUCGCAUUUAAUAUUAAACAUAUGUGAAACAUAUCGUUAAGUCGUAGAUUGUUUGCUGUGUUUGGGGAAGAACACUGAGGUGUAUUCCAAUUGCGGUUGUUUGAUGUCAGGGUCUUGUUGUGUCAAACAUAGUUUUUUACAUAGUGUAUCUUGAAGUGUUACGUUGUUAAAAAUUCGUACAAAUAUUUGGGCGCAAACAUUUGAAAAUGUAUAGUUUAGUGUGUGAAUAGCAUUGAUUGUACGAUUUCCUCUUCGUUGAAACCAUUGUUAAAAAAGAUGGGAAAUCAUACAACCCUCUUUGUUUCUGUUUAGAAUAUUAAAGAAAUUUUAUAUUUUUACAUAUAAAAUAUACCUAUAGGCCUUUUGUGUCAGUAAAAUGCUUUUCAGGAGAUUAUUGUAUGUUGUUCUGUUUGUUUAUAAAUGGUGGUAAAAAAUAAAUGUAAUGUUUAUUGCAGAA